UCUAUAUAUCUAAGACAUUUUAUUAGACACGGAGAAUUGAUUAUUAAGUAGGUGGGUAGGUUAUAAGGGCGACAACAUCCCUUGAAUUCCAGUCCUGAGGCAAUGAUAUCGGGGGAAAAUUGUGUGUCGAAUGAUCGAUGGAGUGGUGGAAGGUUUUGUUUGGAAUGUGAGUUGGGUAUGUAUGAAUGUAUCAUGUUGACUUUUGAUGACACGGUACGGGUGGGAAGAAGGUAUGUUUCGAAUAGUACUGGUGUUUGCUGGUUCGUGUUGUUUUUAUCCAGAGUCAUAUCUAUUAGCUUGAUUUCAUAUUCGUGGAGAGUGUUUGGGAAUAUAGAAUUGGGGUUAUAGAUUGAGUGUGGAUAGUAGAGAGUACUAGCGAUAUGACUAACCUGUUGUAAUGAGAUCAAGAAACCCAACAGGCAUUGCCAUACCCUUCUACCCGAUCAG